UGUCACUCUUCCUCUUCGUCUUCCUCCUCGUGCGUCGUGGCCAGCCAAACGAAACUCGCGCGCGCCUCCCUCCCCGCCCACCACUCGCCUCGCCGUCGCAGCCCAAGAACCGCCGCGAGCUGGGCGCUGCAGCAUCCAAGUCCAGGGCGGCGGCUUCCCUUUGCUUUGGCCCGCCAUGAUGGCCAUGCAGGUGGUCUCGGCCGGUGGCUGCUUGCUGCCCCUCCGCCUCCUCCCCAGCCGACGAGCCGCGGCGGCACGGCCUCCCCGCGCGUCCGGCGCGUCGGCGGCCGCCGUGGAGGAGGACGGCAAGGUGACGCUGGGCGGGUCCGGCGUGCCGGUGACCAAGCUCGGCAUCGGCGCCUGGUCCUGGGGCGACACCACCUACUGGAACGAGUUCCAGUGGGACGAUAGGAAACUGAAGGCUGCUAAAGGAGCAUUUGAUGCAAGUAUCGAUUGUGGAAUAACCUUCUUUGAUACUGCAGAAGUAUAUGGUGCAGGGAUAUCAGGAGCCAUAAAUUCAGAAAGUUUACUAGGAAGAUUCAUCAAGGAGAGGCAACAGAAAGAAGAGGUCAAAGUGGCUAUCGCGACAAAGUUUGCGGCUCUUCCGUGGAGGCUUGGGCGAGGAAGUGUUAUUUCUGCACUGAAGGACUCAUUGUCCCGCCUUGGCGUCUCCUCAGUUGAGCUCUACCAACUUCAUUGGCCAGGGAUAUGGGGCAAUGAAGGUUACCUUGAUGGUCUUGGAGAUGCUUAUGAGCAAGGACUUGUAAAGGCUGUUGGAGUCUCAAACUACAGCGAGAAACGUCUCCGGGUUGCUUAUGAGCGGCUCAAGAAGAGGGGAAUUCCACUCGCGUCAAACCAAGUAAACUACAGUUUGAUAUACAGGAACCCUGAAGAAAAUGGGGUGAAAGCAGCUUGUGAUGAGCUUGGUAUUACUUUGAUCGCAUAUUCCCCGAUUGCCCAAGGUAUUCUUACAGGAAAAUACACUCCAGAUAAUCCCCCAACUGGACCCCGGGGGCGGAUAUACACUCCUGAGUUCCUUACCAAGCUCCAACCACUUAUUAACAGGAUUAAAGAGAUCGGAGCAAGUUAUGAGAAGACCCCAACACAGGUGGUCCUGAACUGGCUGAUCUGCCAAGGCAGCAACGUGGUGCCGAUCCCCGGAGCGAAGAACGCCGAGCAGGCCAUGGAGUUCGCCGGCGCGCUCGGGUGGAGCCUGACGGAUCAGGAGGUGGAAGAAAUGCGCUCCAUGGCCCGCGAGAUCAAGCCGGUCAUCGGGUUCCCGGUCGAGAAGCUGUAAUUUCUAGUCAGAAUUUUUUUUUUCACUUUGGGUAUCUGAUAGUAACACCAUCAUAUACACACAAUAAUAUAACCAUAGUUUAGCUUAGGCACCGUGUAUACACAGAGAUUAUUGUGCUGUCUUGAUGUUUUUUGGGGACAGUGAUUAAUUGGGUUAUCCUCGAGAAACCAAAGAUUUUGUUCUAUUUUCUCUAGAAGAAGAUAAAACCUGUGGCAUUUUCGUAAGUUAAAAAA